UAAGAUUUGUUUCGAUUUUGCUUCCAAAAUGGACUAGGUGAUUCCUGGAUUUAUCAGUCUAUUUCUCUUGUAGAGACAGAGGAAGUCAGUGAGAUCUAUAAUUGCAAGAAUCUCAGGUAUAAGCACCGGCCCAUCCACCUCCCCUCUCCUAUCUUGGUAUCAAGAACUGUGCAUGGCUCAUGUCCCACAAGUUGUAAGAGAGGUUUGGCUUUCUAAUGACAAGGAUUGCACACCAAUUUACAAUCAGCUCUCUCUAGUUUUUUUUCCAUGAGCUAAUGCAUCGAGAACCACUGCUGAUUAUUGGUACUAGGAGGCAUGAAUCUCUUUCAGGUAUGGUUUGCCACUGGAGAUGCAUAGGAUUUCUCGGUUUGCCUGCUGGCUAUUUCUCAUAUGCAGGCAUGGGGGGCUGCUUUUUAGACAACCUUUGACAGGAAGAAAUUUGAAAACUUCUAUUGGAAUCAUGAUCAUUAUGAAGAAAAUCAGAUGGAAGGAUGAGUUGAUGAAGAUUUUUUUGUUUCAAUGCUUGUGGCUUAAUUGCUAUUGUGAUGGUUUUUCAAGAUAUAUAGAAGGAGUUCCUGUAACAAAAGGCCUUGAAGACACAUUUCUUCCCCACCAUGGACAAGAACCACUUAUAAAAGGUCUUGACUACAAUAAAAAAAUUCAGUACAUUUUCUGCUAUUGUGGACGUGACGAUUUAGAUCACUCAUGGAAUCAUGGAUCCCUUUCCGGACUGAGAUAACUGUGGAAUUUACAAUCUUGUUCUUCUUCUUGCUCGUGGAAUUUGGAUUUCUUUUCAACAACUAAGUCUAUUAGCUCUCAUUGUUUAUCUCAGCAAGACCCUUUGUUUGAAAAAUAAACUCUUAAACUUAUGAAAGUUUAAACUGUGAGACUCCCAAGAAGAAUAUGGUAAACUGAUCCGACUUUGAGAGUUCGUGGAGCUUUUGUUUAUCAUUUUGAAGUUGUCAUUAUGUUGAAGUAGUUAGACUGCUAUUUUAUCAAUGAGCUCUUGAUUUUGUAUAUAGAAAUGAUGAUUUUGAGCUCAUUAUAUGACUCUCUUCAUGUAUCAAAAAAUCUGGUCUUCUUUUGUAUUAUCAGGUUGCUUCAAGUUGAUUAAGGAAUCGGUGAAAUAAUCAUUAUAAUAUUAGAUUA